AUGGAAAAGCCAAGAAUGUACUGGGCGGAGCCCAUUAACAGUUUUCCAGCCUUCGCGCAAAAUCAUGAGGAUUACAAUGUUGGAGACUACACCAGAACAGGAGAUGUGACGGACGCUGUGGUAGACACAGGUCUGACUCAUAGGGCUUUUCUCCCAUUUGCGAGCGAAGAUCAACGAGGCUCAAUCUCAACCUUCUCUGGAACAGCCACGGUCGUGGACUCCAGAGUAGUGUGCGUUCGACCGAGGAUGCAUGCGGGCCACAGCAUCGCCCUUGUGGCUAGGGCUCUGGGUGGCUCUGGCGGGGGACUCCUCGACCGUUGGUUUCUCAGCGGAGCUAUCAGCGUGGACCCGGACGUCACACCGGCUGGUCUCAUUCUAGCACACGAGCCAGUGACCCUGGCUCCCAGUCUGACGGAGUUAGAUGAAUUGCCCAGGGUCUCUUUCUUUUACAACGAAUCAGUUCGAAAUGGGUCAUUUUAUGUCGACCUCGAAGACCCGACAACAAACAUCAUGUUCGGCCAAAGCGCUACGGAAUGGAACGUGGUGCAGUCAGACAUUGCUGAAGGCCCACGACUGCUGUCUUCACUGGACCCGCGUUAUCCGCAAAUCGUUGGGUCUACGACUGCCGAUAUAUUCAACGUGUCCAGCAACCAAACUGGCGGCGAGACGACCAGAUACGAACCAGCCUAUUAUCUGAAAGGCGACAAAAUCCCACUGAUGACUGGCCGCGCUUAUCAACUAAUGAACAUUACGCCUGCCGCGUCGUACCCUACGUUUGCCAACCAGACAGACGAUAGCUUCGACUUGGACGGUCACGGUAUUCUCUUCCAUGUAGAUCCCAAAUUGCCGGAACUGCGCGGAAGGGCUGAACAGCUCGUUGUUAAGCAAGAAAACGAGUGGCUCGUGUUUACUGUACCAAAAUUACCAGGAUGGCGCAUCGCCACUACGCUAUGUUUUGAUUCUUUUGUUUCGUUCGACGCAAAUGUCUCGCUGAGAACCGAGAAGGUCAUUAAGGAACCGAUUUGA